UUCAAUAUUCCGUCAGACUCAAAUUCCAGCUCGUUACACUGCAAGUCUGCAAACACUUCGCAAAAUCGAAGCCCUUGCUGGAAUUCCAGCUGUGAGUUGAAUAUGGAUGCUGGAAGCGGUAGUGGAAAUGUGAAUGAUCGGAAAAAUCUGCAAAAUGUGAGGCCAACUUAUAGAGCAGUGCCUACUCAGCCUGAUCGCGAGGUGCAAGGGUACCGGACCAGUAGCUCUGCAUCAUCAUCCACUUCUGAUCGCGGAGGUACUUCAACUUCUGCUGGCCGUGUAUCGGAUCCUAGUCCAUCUGUUGCUUCGCUGUCUUCAAAGAUGUCAACACUUAAUCCACAUGCCAAGGAGUUUAAAUUGGAUCCAAAUGCUAAGAGCUUCACCCCAGUUCAGAGACAUAUGCAUGGCACACAAUCUAGUGUCAGGGCUGGACCUUCGUUUGCUGCACAGCCGCCGGCUCCGCCAAUGCUACAACAAAUUUACAAUUCAAGAGGACCGCAGGCUGUUAAUAGUCGACAACCUAAAUUUACCCACUUCGUAUCACUUCCUUUGGCUAUUUAUCCUGAACUACUUAAGGGGCUUGUCAAUUUUAAAAUUGAAGUACUUAAAGACGCAGCUGCUGACUCAGGAAUUGACGAGUCCAUAUUUGCUAAACUACUACUGUUCUCAUGCUGGAGUUAUCGAAUGAGGAGCAGUUUAAAGCAGCUACAGAGGCUAUGCAGAGUGCCUCAUCAAUUGUAAAGGAUGCUUUAGAAAACCGGCCACUUGUCAUCAGACUUAAGGGAGUGGACUGCUUUAGAGACUCUGAGGACAAGCCAUAUCUUGUUUACGCUCCUGUAGAAGUAAUUGGUGGCAAGGAACGACUCUUGUGUGCUUACG